CAGGACGACCACUACGGUACCUCUAUCCAAUUCAUAACGUCGUCGUCAUGACAACCAUGAUUACGAUUGCCAAACUAAAAUGGCUGCCAACACGUACGAGUUGCGCUUGGCACCUGAUAAAAAGUUUUCAGCCCAAGCUGCCCGAGAGUGCUUGAAAGAUGUCUUGAUGACCGAGUUUGACGACAAAAUUUACGACUCCAGUCAGAUAGCAAAGUGGACGAAAGAAACCUCGCAAAGGAUAUGCGAAAGACUACAAGAAUUGGGUUUCGAAAGAUACAAGUACGUGGUGCAAGUAGUCAUCAGCGAACAGCGCGGUGAAGGAGCAAGGAUGGCUUGCCGCUGCCUUUGGGAUUCCGACACUGACGUCUGUGUUUCAGAGUUCUAUAAUGGAGACAGCUUGUUCUGUGCUGCUGUUGUCCUUGCCUCAUAUUACUACUAGACUUGGCCAGAGGGCUUCAUCAAGAUACCUUUCCUGCAUAGGCCCUACUUGACAGGCAUCAUGCCACGGCAGGAUGGAGCGGCACAGUAUUGGGAAAAUAGGAUAAAUGCUCAUGCGCUGCCAAGAACAGAGCUAGCUGUGGCUUCUAACAUCUGUUGUGCCUUCACUGGGGACAACCAAGAUGCUAUUGAGAAUAUUCUUUAGCCUUCAUCACGUGAGUGACUUUUUAAAUACUGAAUAAAUUGGCAACUAAGUAAUCUUCAAAAGCAACAUGCCAAGUUCUAAGUUUAUGAACUGCUUUAGUUGAGGUGCUUGUGCUUGUAGACAUGCAUUUCUCCUGUGCCUGCCACCCCUCCUCA